ACUGAAGCAUUAACUAUCUUUCUGAUAGUAUAGUAAUAUAUAUGAGUGUUCUCAUUUUACCUUUAUUAUCUAUAACUUUGUACAAAUCGUCAGAGUCCUCUUGUCUACCACCUGUUUUUAGGAUAAUAUAGAAGUUCAAACAUGGCGGAAAAUGGUUUACUUAAGAGAUUAGAAAAUGGCGGUAAUUUGGUUGUUGCAGAGGGAUACAUUUUCGAAUUUGAGAGGAAAGGGUAUUUGCAGGCGGGAACAUUUGUUCCGCUAGUCACAAUAGAACAUCCAGAACUUGUCCGGCUUAUGUACGAAGAAUUUGUUCAUGCGGGCAGUGACGUUGUACUUGCGUUCACAUUCUACGCACAUAAAGAAAAACUACGACUAAUUGGGAGAGAAAAUGAUCUGGAGAAAAUAAACAGCGCGGCACUUAAAAUGGCGCGUGAAGUAGCAGACAAACAUGGCUGUCUAAUGGCGGGAAACAUUUUCAGUAGUACCGUAUAUUUGCCUGAUGACGAAGAAACACAUAAAGUAACAGAAGAAAUGUUUAAGGAGCAAAUUGAGCUUGCGGUAAAAUAUGGAGCAGACUUCAUAGUGGCAGAGACAUUUUUCCACCAUGGUGAAGCAAUGCUCGCUCUAGAAUGUAUUAAGAAAUACGGGAAAGGGUUACCAGCCGUAGUAACAAUGUCUUCACCGGCAACAGACACGUUCGUUGACGGGGUCAAGGUCGCGGAGUGUUGUAAACUGUUGGAGGACGCUGGGGCUGCUGUUGUAGGCCUGAACUGUGGAAGGGGACCAGAAACAAUGAUCCCAUUGCUCAAAGAAAUAAGGCAGAUGUGUAAAGGUCCUAUAGCUGCGUUACCAGUGCCCUAUAGGACAACACCGGAGGAGCCAACUUUCUUCUCAUUGACUGUACCGGGAACCAAAAAGAGAGCAUUUCCGCUUGACUUGUGCGCAUGUCUUUGCAGUCGUCAACAGAUAGCGGAGUUUGCCGAGCAAUGUAAAGAAAUUGGUGUGCAAUACAUCGGCUUAUGUUGUGGUAACUCCGCAAACAUGACCCGAAUUGUCGCCGAGAAGUAUGGACGUAACCCACCUGCUAGCAAAUACGCACCAGCUAUGGAGAAACAUUUCAUCUUUGGCGAUAAAUCGAAAUUUAAAAGCGGUUUCACAGAAGAUUUAAGAACACACAUAGGAGGACAGUUUGAUUAAACACAUGAACGACAAUGUUUUAAGGCAGUUGACUCGUAGUGACAAUUUCCGUUAGUUGACAUUUUUUCUGUAUGUGAUUUGGUAUUUUCCGGUUCUCACAGAAACCAUUGUUUGUUCUGCCAAGCUAUUUGUACGGCGUAAGAAUGGCGAAUACGAAACCACACGGAAACUGCCGAAUGCCAUUGUGGGUCAACUAUUUCAUGCUAACCUCAAUUUUGCUUAUGAACCAUUAAGAAUGUUUUUCUUGUAGUCCAGAGAUUUUUUCUGAAAUUUUGGGUAUUCAGUAGCAUUAAAAAUCCACAGCUCUUCACCUACACUGUGAAACAAAUUCUAUCAACUUAAGUACCUCGUCCCUAAUGUUAUCCAUUGCAAAAAGGGUAAUAUAAGUGUAUGGGUUAAAAGCAACUUGCUGAAAUCUUUUUCUAAUGUUUAAAUCUUUCUUUGGAGAAUGAUGUACUGUUUUGGUAAUAAUCUGUAAUUAAUAUACUUUAAUCUGGUUCAUGAAUGUACAAACAUGUAUUAUGUUCAAGAAACCCAUUUGAAAUGGAUUUUUGUGCUAAAUUAGUAUAAUGAUUUAGCAAUAAUUUAAGAUAUGACUAUUUAA